AAGCAUGGCAUAAUUUAUCGAUAUACCGGUCCAAUAAGAAAUUGGAAUUUCCAUUAAGAAUAAGUUAAACACAAUAUUUAGGAAAAUCGCCUCUUUCCAAACAUGUCCGUCAAAGCCAAGAUCGGUCCCAGCAUUCUCAAUGCGGAUCUAUCCAAUUUGGCCGCUGAGUCCCAGAAACUCCUGGACAAUGGAGCCGACUACCUGCACCUGGACGUCAUGGAUGGUACCUUCGUGCCCAAUCUCACCUUCGGUCAUCCUAUGGUGAAGAGCUUGCGGAACAAGAUCAAGACGGCGUUCUUUGAGACGCACAUGAUGGUGCAGAAGCCGCAGCAGUGGAUAGAGCCCAUGGCCGAUGCGGGCGUCAACCUGUACACAUUCCACAUUGAGCCCGUGGAGGACGUGACCAAGGUCAGCCGGUUGGUUCAAGAGGCAGGCAUGAAAGUGGGCCUGGCCAUAAAGCCUGGCACAAAGGUUCAGGACUUGGAAAAGUAUGUGUCCAUUGCCGAUGUGGUGCUCGUAAUGACAGUGGAGCCCGGAUUUGGAGGUCAAUCCUUCAUGGAGGAGAUGAUGCCCAAGGUGGAAUGGCUGCGUAAGAACUACCCCGGCCUGGACAUUGAGGUCGACGGCGGAGUGGGACCCAAGACCAUCGAAUGCUGCGCGAAGGCAGGUGCCAACAUGAUAGUCUCGGGCACAGCCGUUGUGGGAGCAGCCGAUCAGGCUCAGGUCAUCAGGGAGAUGCGUGACGUAGUGCAAAAAUACACCAAGUAAGAAAAGAGAAUUUAUAAGUUUAGGAAAACGCUGAAUAUUCCAGGGAAAAGCAUUAUUAAAAGACAUUUACACAUGGCUAAUUUUUUUAUACAUUUAUUUUCCAACAUUUAUAUAAUAUAUGUGUGUAGGUAUAUAUCAUGUAUUGUAUGACAUGUUGCUUUUAGCAUUUAGUUUCGGUUAUAUUUGCGUGUGUCGUCUGUGUGUCGCCUAUUUAGGAUACUGCUGCGGCGAGCGACCAAAUGUCCGCCUUAUUUUUAUUGUCAUAGUUAUAGUUAUAUUCUCUUUGUUUUUUUUGCCAAAAUAAAUGUUCAACAAUUGUCUCUGACUCGUGUCAAAAUCUGAA